GGGGCGCAUGCGCGGUGCGCGCCGGACGCCGCAAGCCUUCCCGAGUCGCCGGCGCUGCUGUCGCGGCGUCCCCAAUCGCGGGCGCCCGGGCUCCCUCCGCUCGGCCAUGGCCCCCUUGCCGCCGUGCAGGCCCCCGAGGUCGCCGCCGCCGCCACCGCUGCUGCUGCUGCUGCUGCUGCUGAGUGUCGCGCUGCUGGGCGCCCAGGCCCGCGCGGAACCCGCCGCCGGGAGCGCCGUCCCCGCGCAGAGCCGCCCGUGCGUGGACUGCCACGCUUUCGAGUUCAUGCAGCGCGCCCUGCAGGACCUGCGGAAGACGGCCUGCAGCCUGGACGCGCGGACGGAGACCCUCCUGCUGCAGGCCGAGCGCCGGGCCCUGUGUGCCUGCUGGCCGGCCGGCCGCUGAGGACCCUCAGCCAGACUGCUCGCUCACCAAUAAACACCUGG